UAGACGCAAUAGUAUAGUGAAGAAGGUAUUGCAUUAUUUCUGUACAACUCAUUGAAUCGUCGACAAUUAAUUUUUAUUAAACCAUGGAAUUAUUUAAAGCUUUAAGUCUGUUUAGUCGCGGGAAGUACGAGGAGUGCGCGGCGAUAUGUACAAAUUUAUUAAGGAAAAAUCCUCUCGAUCAAGCUGUAUGGGUAUUAAAAAUGCGUGCUUUGACUUUACAAGUGUACGUGGACGAUAUAGAAGGAGAAGAGGAAGGAAUUGCUGAAAGUUUAUUAGACAAUUACACAAUCUCUUCUAUGCCCAGGCCAGGGACGUCAUUGAAAAAUCCUGGCACCUCUUACACGGGGCAGCAUCUUCGGCCCAGAACGCAAUCAGGCAGGCCACUCACAGGUGUUGUUAGACCAGCCACGCAGUCUGCUAUAUCUCAAUCAAUUGAGCAAACUUUGAGGACACCCAGAACUGCCAUGACUGCUAGACCUAUUACUGCAAGUGCCAGUCGCACCGUGAGAUUAGGUACAGCAUCCAUGUUAACAGAGCCCGGAGGGCCAUUCAUUCAACUAUCGCGAUUAAAUAUCUCCAAAUAUGCUAGUCAAUCGAGUAUAGCUAAACCACUGUUCGAGUACAUAUACUACCACGAACACGACGUGAGAUACGCACUGGAUCUAGCGGUGCAAGCGACGCAAGUUUGCCAGUACAAGGACUGGUGGUGGAAAGUGCAGCUUGGAAAAUGUUAUUAUAGUUUGGGAUUAGUACGAGACGCGGAGCAACAAUUUAAAUCGGCGUUAAAAGAUUCCAAGACCAUCGAGGUGAUCUUGAGAUUGAUUAGAGUUUACAUCCGACUUGAUCAACCGCUAGCCGCGUUGGACACGUGUAAAAGGGGCCUGGAGUAUUUUCCCAAUGAUGUGAACAUCUUAACCGAGAUGGGUCGUAUAUUUGACGAUUUGAAUAAUACCAGUAUGUCGUUAAAAUAUUAUAAACUUAUUGCUCACGAAGACGCUUCUCACACGGAAGCGAUAGCCAGUAUUGGGAUGCAUCAUUUUUAUAACGAUCAAUCGGAGUUAGCUUUGCGUUAUUACAGGCGAUUAUUACAAAUGGGCGUGUACAAUGCCGAACUGUUCAAUAAUCUUGGAUUAUGCUGUUUUUACGCUCAACAGUACGACCACGUUAUAUCUUGUUUUGAAAGAGCAAUUAAUCUUUCUACUGAUGAAACUAUGGCGGAUGUGUGGUACAAUAUUUCUCACAUUGCUCUUACUGUAGGUGACGUAAUGAUGGCGGAAGACUGUUUAAAACUAGCUAUCGUUAACGAUAACAGACACGCCUUGGCAUAUAAUAAUCUCGGCGUUAUUCAAAUACGAAACGGUAAUGUAACAGCGGCCAGAACGUACUUUCACGCUGCCGCGAAUAUUGCUAACUUCAUUUACGAACCACAUUUCAACAGUGCUCAUUUAGCUUAUGAGGUUGGAGAUCUCCAGACGAGUUACAUCGCUGUGAAAAAAUCUUUGAGUGUACAUCCCAAUCAUUGGGAUAGCAAAACUCUUUUAAAGAAAUUGGAAAGAUAUUUCUCGCACAUGUGAAUGUCCUGAGAAAGGAAUUUUUUAAA